GGCCCGGCAGCCAAACGAUGCGCAUCUUUGCCGAGUGCCUGCUCUUUGCAUUCUGCUUUAAGCAGCAUCAGGAUGAUGAGCAAACCUUUGCCGAUCAGUUGGAGCAGCAGGCAUCAAGUCAGGGCAUUGCUGUCAUCCAAAUCGAACAGCCCGAACCGGAAGAACAUAUGCAUCCCGAACUGAAAAUGCAACUGGAAUUGGAACUUGAUCGAGAGCUGACAAAAGGAACGCUGCGAAAGGAGAACAGAGAACAGACAAAUUCAACAGCGGUUAUUAUGCGCGGUUCUCAUUCACCAGCCCGUCUUGAGGAGAUUAGCAUCUGUGCGGAUGUGCAUCCAAGCAAACUGACUGUUGAUAUACCACGGCACGAGUCUAUGGCCAAAAAUGUGGCCAAUGAGCGUUAUUCGGGCGUGACCAUUAAAGAUGAAAUUGAAAUUUUUACAGAUGUUGAACUGGGCAACGGUGCGCAUUAUUUUAUAUUCUAAAAAGUGAACAUGAACCUAAGGUUUGAGUUGAAGUUGAAAGCUAAAGAAGUAGCAAGUGAAAAAUGAGUUGCAGUAGCAGGUGAUGGAUAAACUCAACAAAUCAUGGAUAUUUCUAUUCGCCAUCAAUCUGCCAGCUACCAACCAUUCAACCAUCCAUCUAUCCAGGCAACUGGGCAAACCGGGCAACCAGUCAACCUUUUGGCCAACUGUCAGCAUUUAGCCACGUUACGUUUUGUGUGUGUGCUUGUGUGAAAUAUCAGCAACGUAUUGCCUGUCAUCGCAUUUGCAUUUGCAAAUUGGUAACACAAUACGUUGACAUCAGCUUCCGCCCACAACCUGUCUCAGUACAUAUCCAUCAUCAUGAUAAUCAACAACAACAACAACAAUAACAACAACAUCAGCAGCAGGUUUAGCUUCAUUUUCUGAUUGAAUGACAAUCAGCCGCAGUAUUAAGCAUAAUUAUAAUAAUAACAAUUUUAAUACUAAUAAUAAUAGUAUAUAAUCAUAAUAAUAAUAAUUAUUGGUUCGUCUGCACCUGAAUUAACAUAAGCGCAUCGUUUUACAUCAAAUUAUAAAAUUAAUUAUUUGUGAAGCACUCACACAGCUGUUGCCAUAAGUACUCGUACUCGAUAUCCAUUUGAGCUCUUUAAUCUGGCAAAACAGUUGCCAGACAAAAUUCCAGAAAAAAAAAUAAAAGUUUAACAAAAUCGGUAAA